AGUGUGUGUGUGUGUGUGUGUAAGUGUGUGUAAGUGAGAGAGAGGGAAUAAUCAGACCCUCUGCAGCGACACUCGGGUUCGGAUCGGACUUUCCUGCUCGGUACUCGGUCGGUACUCAGUCGGUACUCGUGUGUAGAGACGAUGCACAUCGCGGCGGAGUUCUGCCUGGUGUGUGUGAAGGUGCUCUGGUCGUUCGCUGCGGCGGCGGCGCGGUGGCUCGUGAAGCCGCAAGAGAAGCGCGUGAAGGGCCGCGUGUGCGUGAUCACCGGCGCCGGAAGUGGCCUGGGCCGCCUGCUCGCGCUGCACUUCGCCCGCAGGGGAGCCACGCUCGCGCUCUGGGACGUGAACCGGACCGCCAACGAGGAGACCGCCGAGCUCGUGCGCGAAGUCUACCGACAGAGCGGCAGCGCGUGCACAGGUUCAGACGACGGCGCAGAGGAGAGUCCCGCGCUCCAGCCUCGAGUUUACACGUACGUGUGUGACGUGAGUAAGCGGGAGAGUGUGUACGCCACGGCCGAGCAGGUGAGGAGAGAGGUGGGAGACGUGACGUUCCUGGUCAACAACGCCGGCGUGGUCUCGGGACGUCACCUCCUCGAAUGUCCCGACGAACUGAUUGAGCGGACCAUGAUGGUCAACUGCCACGCCCACUUCUGGACCACGAAAGCGUUUCUCCCGAAGAUGCUGGAGUUAAACGAGGGACACAUCGUGACCGUGGCCAGCUCUCUGGGGCUCUUCACCACCGCCGGGGUCGAGGACUACUGCGCGAGCAAAUUCGGCGCCAUCGGCUUCCACGAGUCGCUGAGCCACGAGUUAAAGGCGGCCAACAAAGACGGGAUCAAGAUGACGCUGGUGUGUCCGUUCCUGGUCGAUACGGGGAUGUUUAAAGGCUGUGAAAUCAGGAAGGAGUUCGCCCCGUUCUUCCCGCCGCUGAAGGCCGAGCACUGCGUGGAGCGAGCCAUGAGAGCCAUACUGACGGAUCAGCCCAUGGUCUGCACGCCGCGCGCCAUGUACGCCGUCACCUUCAUGAAAACGAUUUUGCCGUUCGACGCCAUCGUGUGCAUGUACCGCUUCCUCGGCGCUGAUAAAUGCAUGUACUCCUUCCUGGCUCACCAGAAAGAAUCCACCAACAACAACGAGCCGAAAAUCGGCCUGUAGUCACUCUGACGUCCGCUGAUGAUCAGGACGAAUUACGUCUCGAACGCUCUUGUUUAUUUGGAGCAACAACAAAAAAAUAGGAACUGGAACUCCACAGCGUUGGACACUAGGGAUCUCAUUAAGCUGCCUACAAACUUCUGUCGUCUAGCCUUUUUGUUUACUCAGCUAUAGAUUAGAUUCGUGCGGAUAUUAUAUAUUUUUAUAUCCUAAGAACUGCAUAUAUUUAUAUUUAUUUAUUUUUUUUAAUAAAAAACAAGAAACAGGAAAAACAUCUGGGUUAAUGUUUUAGAUCUAAUGGGCAGGUGUUGAUGCAUCAUAAAAUAUAAGAACCAAUCAGAUUUCAGUAUGCAAAUGAAGCACAUGUACUUGUAUUGGAGGAGUUUGUGUUGUUGUUUCUUUUUUCUCAUUUUAACUGUAAAUAAACUUCAGACACAUCACCCGAUGUACUGAAUUAUGGGAUAUCGUUCUCUGAGCAGGACACAUGAUCCAGAUGUUUCCAUUAAAGCUGUCGUCUAGGAGACGCAAAAAUCUAACAAACAGCUAUAUUGUGUGUUCAGGCCCUUGUGUGGUUCGGACAUAAUGCAGUAUGUUACUGUAACCGUGUACAGUAUCUUUAUUUAUAUAUAAUUAUUUCUAAGUUCUGUCAUGUUUCCUGAUUCCACAUUGUGACCAAAAGUUUAUGCCCCUCUGAAGAGCAGGCUGAAGCUUUGUUACUUUUUAGUCAUUGAUCCUUUUUUCUGACAAUUUUAAGAUUGUAUUCUAUUUUCAGAUGUGCAAUAUGUUUUACUGUUACAUCAAUAAAUACUUUAUUUUAAACAAUUAA